UGUCUUUGCAGGGAAUUUCGUAUGGGUUCAGUCUUUUAGCUGAUAAGGUUAAUCUUCUAGCUAGAAAGUUGGUAGAGCCAUACUCGUGUGAUUGUCUUCCCUUGAGUGGAUCUUCCACUGAUGCAGAUGUAGAGGAGAUUGCUCGUGCAUGGUGUGACAUUAGAGGGAGUAUUUUGUAUCUUGCCCCUAACCAGGAUACUCCACAUAAAAUAAGUUGCAGUUGGCUGACAAUUAAUCAGGAUGUUGAAGUUGCCAAUUCCUGUCCAAAAUCAAGUAAUGGACGAAGACGUUGUCACAGUUGGUUACAUUAUGAAACCAUCUCGUGAAGAAGAUUUUGUUAAGGUUAACAAUUUUGAUGAGCCUGAUUUUGCAAAAGACUGCUUGAAGCUAAAUUGUCUCUUCCAAGCAAUAGUCUUUAGAGUUGAAGACUUCAAGGAUUUGAAUGUUCCAAUUCCUGCUGUUGUUCAGGAAUAUGUGGAUCAUUCAUCCACUCUAUUCAAGUUUUAUGUCCUGGGUAAACGAGUUUUCCAGGCAGUAAAGAAGUCUACACCAAAUGCUGAUGUUCUGAUGAAAUUAUCUGAAAGAAAUGGACUGAAACCUAUACUGUUUGACAGCCUAAAAUCUCUACCUACUGAUACUGGAAACCAGCAUUCUGGAGACCAGGAUUGGCAUAUUAAUCUUGGACUCGUCACCAGGGCUGCAAAGUGGCUUUCAAGGACACUUGAUCUGACCAUCUUUGGGUUUGAUGUUGUCAUUCAAGAAGGCUCUGGUGAUCAUGUCAUUGUUGAUGUGAACUACCUCCCAUCAUUCAAAGAAGUUCCUGAUGAUGUUGCCAUACCAGCCUUUUGGGAUGCUAUUAGAAAUAAGUUGGAUUCAGAAGCAAUUCAAAAACAAUGAAACAAAGCAACCCGGUCUCUAUACCUUCACCAGUGAGCAGAAGAUUGAGUUAAAACAGGUCUGAAGUAAUCAUCUAUGGUUCCAGUGCGUAUAAUUGGGCUCUC